AUGGCGUCCUCUCGUUCGUCCUCACCUCCUCCCUGGCUGCCCGAUGGCUUCAGGAACAAGGAAUACAUAACAGAAACACCUUCCGACUCGUCCAUAUUCGAACAAUCCCGGCCCAUCGACACUGAAAAGAACGAGGCCCCGAUAGAAGCCGGAACAAAAAGAGGCUCGGCCGUUGAAAUCGACUCGCCCCCGCCGGACGGUGGCAGGGCAGCUUGGCUGCAGGCCUUGUCUGCCCAUCUAGUCAUCAUCAAUACAUGGGGGACAAUCAACUCCUUUGGCAUCUUCCAAUCAUACUACAUAGAGUCUCUGCCCAACUCUGCUUCUGACAUUAGUUGGAUUGGCUCGAUGCAAGUCUUCAUCUUGUUUGUGGUCGGCAUCUUUACCGGCCGCUUGACGGACGCGGGAUACUUCCGCACUGUCCUGGCUGUAGGCUCGGCGUUUGUAGUGCUUGGGAGCCUGAUGGCAUCCUUCUCCACCGCGUACUGGCAGCUGUUCCUCUCCCAGGGCAUCUGCAUUGGCCUUGGCAUGGGUGGCCUCUUUUGUCCUGUGAUGGCUGUUUUGUCGACUUACUUUAGUCGCAAAAGAAAUCUGGCUAUUGGCAUCGCCAUCAGCGGCUCGGCCACCGGAGGCAUGAUCUACCCAGUUAUGGCACGCCAGCUCCUCUCUAAGAUUGGAUUUGCGUGGACUAUGAGGUCGAUGGCUGUGGAUUCGCCCACGGCGUUCCGGACCAUUGGUCGAAUUGUCAGCGUUCAAGGAAACGCCAUAUACUUUGUUUACCAUCGGCAUGUUCUUUACGGUAGCAUUGGCACUUUCAGCCGAGACGUCUUGUCUUUCCAGUACAACACUUCGGUUGAUCUUCUUAUGAUCAUGAAUGGUGUAGGAGCGAUCGGACGCGUUGUUCCAGGGUUUCUUGCCGAUAUCUAUCUAGGCCCUCUCAACGUCGUCACACCAGCAGCGCUCAUUUGCAUGGUUCUCCUGUACUGCUGGAAUGCCAUCAACAGUCGAGCCGCAUUGUACUGCUGGGCUGUACUCUACGGCAUAUUUGGCGCAACCGUUCAGGGCCUUUUUCCCGCCGCGCUAUCUUCGCUGACAACGGAUCUCCGAAAGGCUGGGACGAGAAUGGGCAUGGUGUACUCAAUCAUCAGUUUUGCAAAUCUAACUGGCCCUCCCAUCGCAGGCAUGCUCAUAAAGCAAGGGAAUGGCGAGUAUAAGUAUGCCUUUGCAUUCGGCGGCACAUGUAUGUGCCUUGGGACGCUCUUCCUGAUUGCAUGUCGAGUCUUCAAGGGAGGAUUUGGCUUAGCAAAAGUUUAA